AACCGUAUUCCUGCUCCAGUUUUGAUAACAGCAGCACAAAAUGUUCAAGUUCCUUCUGAUCGCCGCCUUGGUCCCAGCCAUUCUGGCUCAGACCCCCGUUCGCCAGUGUGCCAAUGGCGCUGGUAUGCCCCAAACGGUGGACAUCAACGGAUGCACGACAUCGCCCUGUCCGAUUCCGAAUGGAGCCCCCAUCAUAGCCUUCGCGCAGGGAAUCACUAGCCCAGUCGCCACCAAUGGACUCGAAUCCUACAUUGUGAUCCGCUUGGCCGGUCUGCAGAUUCCGUUCCCAAUGCCCGAUGGUUUGGAGGAUGCUUGCGCCGUCGGAACGGCGCCAGGUACUUGCCCAGUCUCGGCCGGACAGGUGUUCGACUACACCCUGAAUCACCAUGGCGAACCACUGGGCUUGACUGGCGUUACCGUCACGGCUGAGGUCGGUCUGCUGGCCGAUGAUGGUACCGUGGUUGGCUGUCUCCAGUUUGAUGUUCAAAUUGUUGCUUAA